AUGGAGACUCAGACGACUUCGAAAGGCAAUCCCCGCGAUUCCAUGGUGUCGACCUGGCGCGAUGGCGACCGAUCACAAUGGACAGCCUCCCACCGGCUACUUGACCUGCUGGGCACACGCCUCAUUCCCCGCGAUGGAAAGGUGCCAGUCCAUGCCAAGACAGAAAAGGUCCCGUCCGUGCGAGAGUGGACGGUCCAUCUGUGGAUUCUGCUACACGCCCUGAUUCCGCUCGCUCUUCACCAAACAUACAUAGCCUAUACUGGCCGUACCCUCCACCCUGUCGCCGUCUUCUUCUGGUAUAACACGGCAUUCUAUGGGACCGGCAUCCAUCUUACGCAAACCAUUCGCCGCCUCGGUGGGGUCUACGGCUUCUUGGACGGGGACAAACAUGCACGAGAUGACAUCCCUGAUGUUGGCGUGGACCGAGUAGCGGCCGAACUGUUGUCGGUCCCAGUACUUCGGCUGGCCAUGUCUGUCUACCUCUCUUAUCGACCGGAGGAGCUCCCAUUGUCUUUUAACUGGGGUUGGCUCGCGUUGGAGAUCGCACUCUACAGCAUCACGGUGGACUUUUUCUUCUACUGGUACCACCGCCUGAUGCACUCGGUGCCUAUCUUGUGGAAAUUCCAUCGCACGCACCAUCUAACGAAACACCCCCACCCGCUACUUGGUGCUUAUGCGGACCAUGAGCAGGAGUUUAUGGAUAUGAUGGGCAUCCCGCUGCUUGCGUACGCCACUCUGAAACUAAUGGGACUACCGAUGUCAUUUUACGAAUGGUAUGUCUGCUAUCAAUAUGUCGCCUUCUCUGAAAUCAUCGGACAUAGCGGGCUCCGGGUUCACGGCGGCGCGCCCUCUACUCUCAACUGGUUGCUCGAGGCCUUUGAUGCAGACCUGGUGAUCGAAGACCAUGACCUACAUCACCGAUAUGGAUGGAGGAACAGCCACAACUACGGCAAGCAGACUCGCGUCUGGGAUCGCGUUUUCGGCACGUGCCGUGAACGUAUUGAAGGUCACAAGGGCAACGUGGACUAUGAAAACCGUGUCACAUUUCCUCUGUUCUAA